UGACGUGUGCGCGGCGGCGCUGCCUGGGCCAUUGGCCGCGGCCGCUCGGGCCCCGGCUCCCAUUUGCAGGCGCGGCGCUUGGAGGCGCCGGCGGAGCGCGGGCAGCGGCUGCGGGCAGGCGGGCGAGGCCCGACGGGGCGGGGGCUCCGCGCCGGGUUGCGGCGCUGCCUGAGGAAGGGCCCCGCCCCGGGACCCCGCCCGACUGGGGGCGGCGGCAGCAGGUAACCUCCAGCCCGCCUCGCUGCCGCCCCGCAGGGACCCGGGGAGCCCGCCAUGGCCUCCAAGCUGCUGCGAGCCGUCGUGCUGGGCCCGCCCGGCUCCGGCAAGGGCACGGUGUGCCAGCGCAUCGCCCACAGCUUCGGGCUGCAGCAUCUCUCCAGCGGACACGUCUUGCGGCAGAGCAUCGCGGCCAGGAGCGAGGUUGGUGUCUUGGCAAAACAGUAUCUUGAGCAAGGCCUUUUGGUACCAGAUCAUGUAAUCACUCGUCUCAUGAUGACAGAGUUGGAGAAAAAACAGACUGAGCACUGGCUGCUGGAUGGUUUUCCUAGAACAUUAGUACAAGCUGAAGCACUUGACCGAAUCUGUGAGCUGGAUCUAGUUAUCAGUUUAAACAUCCCGUUUGAGACACUGAAAGACCGCCUCAGUGCUCGUUGGAUUCACCCAACUAGCGGAAGAGUGUAUAACAUGGAAUUCAAUCCGCCUCUUGUACAUGGGAUCGAUGACAUCACAGGAGAGCCAUUAAUCCAGCAAGAAGAUGACAAACCUGAUGCUGUUGCUGCCAGGCUAAGAAAAUACAAAGAUGCAGCAAAGCCAGUAAUAGAUCUAUACAAGACCAGAGGUGUCCUACACUCAUUUUCUGGGACGGAGACCAACAAAAUCUGGCCUUACGUCUACACUCUGCUCUCAAACAAGAUUCCUCCUAUCUGUACUGAAGAGGCAAACUAAAAACCUCCCACAGGAGCAAGAAACUAAUAUGGUUGCUUAUUUGGUGCGUGCGGUAUUGGGGCUGUUCUCAAACUGGAGAAUAGCUCAGUGUCUAAAACAGCUUCCUUAAGUUUCCUUCAGAACAUGUAUGGAAAGGCAGUUAUAGCCAGAAUCAGGGUGGAGGAGGUUUAAGACCAAGACUGAACUGAAAAGUUCAGUCUUUUGGGCUAUAACAUAUUUCUGUUGGUGAUCAGGAUUUCUUAAAUUGUGGACCAAGAUGUAACAUUUGUUGGAUUUCUGUAGCCUGUUGUGAUUUCCCAUCACCCCCCAAUUCCACAAAGAUGUGCAAUGUGCUCUUUUGUUGCUCCACAGCACUUCCUUAAGAUAAUGCACCAUGAUGAUUUAUUUGAAACUUUCUCAGAGAAAUAGUACUAAGAUGCAAACUUUAGCCCCAUGGGAAUUGGUGAGUAACCUGAAAAAAAGAAUUACACUACAAAACUCAUGAGGCCCACGCUUCCAGUAUUAAGUGCAGAAGAAAAUCCAUGGGGGGCUAGAAUAUAUAUGUAUGUGCUUCUUUCUUUUUAUUUUUAUAAGAGAAAAAGGAAAAAUAUUAUAAAAAAUGCUGCUAUCUGAUGUAGUUUUCACUAUGUGGUAUAGUAUUGACCAGGAAACUGAGUACGCCUACAUUUGCCUAGGAGAAGAGUUGCACUAGAUGGUGCUUGACAGUUUAUAGCUUUAAUACUAUAAGAUAUGGGUGUAUUAUUGGUUGGUCCCAAAGAUUUACUUUAAUAUCUGGUUUUGUUUUUGUUUGGUUUUUUCCUCUGGGAAAAAUCCCUUCUGUAUGUUGUAUUGCCUUAUAAUGGAGGUUCUUUCCCUCUCUCAGAAUACGGGGGUUAUUUUGAGAGGAAAUCCCCUUAGCUUUUAUGGGGGCUGCCUGUGAACCUUCCCUCUUCCUGUUAAUAAAAGAAGAGACCUCACAUAUAGACACAACUCUGGCUGACUGAGUUCCACUUGAGGUAUGUGUGUGUGUAUGUCGAAUGGCAAGGUCGGGACCAACUGCUGGUAUUAAGCACUUUCUUUGUGAAUCUAAAGCAAACUGUCCGUUUCUUGUACAUUCCAUGAUAACCGGGUUAUGCUGGUUCUGUGACCGUGUGCUCAAUUUACUUGUGCUUGAAGUGAUGUACAAUUAAGCAUGCAGCUAACUUAAAAUCAGUGCCCAACUUGGCAGGAAAUUCUUUGCCUACUGAAUAAAAAACAUUGCGUUCUUCUAGAGCUGACUUGAGACUAGUACCAAAAAAUAUCUUACCAUGAAUAUAGGCUUUUUCCUCUGGCACUCUGGUUACUGCUUCUGGUCUGAAAAAGCUUUGUAGUGUAUCAUUUUAUGUCUUGACAUCCAUUUCCAGUUUGCAUUUGCAGUUAUAACACUUCAUAGUAGUGGUUCUGAAGUGUUUUAGAGCCGCCAGUGAUUCUUGUUAGGAGAAGCAUUUCUAGUUACUUGUGAAUGGAUUAUUAUGAGCAAACACCUUUCAGAUGUAUGACAACUUUUCCUUAGUUAGCCUUGUUCCUGUCUCUGUUUGAGCUGGAGAUGGUGGCUUUUUGCUAAACUGGAAGUACUGUACAUUUGUUUGAUUUAAUCUUUAAUAGCUGCAGUACCUAAUUAAUGGGAAUAGGAUUUACCUCUUAUGCCAUGUCUGAAGUUGCCUUAUUUUAUAAAGCUAUAUUUAAGAAAAACCAAGAUACAUAUUUUUGAGAAAUAAGAAGCUGAAUUUUACGAACUAGACUUUUUGAGAACUCUUUUUGCCAAGCUGCUUUAUUUGCAUAGCUAGCCAUGCUCAAUUUUAGCAAUCGGUAACUAACUAGGGUUGCCAGUUAAAAAGCUACCACCAUAUUCCAGUAGACAGCUUGACUGAUUUUUUUUUUUUUUUUAAAACAAGUCUGUCACUGAAAUGUCCAUACCUGACUUUUCUGCUCUUUGCAAUAUGCUCUUGAAGAUUGGCUGGGUGUAGGGGGAGGAGUUGGGACUGGACUUUUCUAAGUUAUGUUCAGAAUUUGAAUUGAGUGGAAACUUUUUUGGCACUGGGGGAAGGGUUGGUUGGGGUUAUGUGGUUUUUUUUCCAAGCUAGCAGGCAGCUAACGUUGAAAAGACAGCAGGUUGUAGACAUCUUCACACCUUUCUCUCUCUUCUUACUGUUAGGGUGAGACUCGCUCAGUAUUUCCACUCUGCUCUCCACUUUAUUCCUCUUCCCUUUCUCCUAUCCAUGACAAUAGAAAGCCCUUUUAAUAUAGCAGUCUGACCUUCUCAGUUAAGGACCUACUGGUUGCCUGUUAUCACUAGCCGUCAAGCUCACAGCUGUCCUGUUGUGAUCAGCCUUAAUGCAAAUAAAGUACAGCAGAGUAUGAUCUCCUCCUGAGGGCUGUGCUUAGCGUUGCAUUUGCCAUAAUACAUUCUAGGCAGUUGCAUGUUGUUUUUUGUAAUAGAAAGAUUGUGAAAUGGUGUGCUCUCGUAUGGUGAGGCAACCAUCUUCCUAGCUGGAGUGCAUAGUUUUGGUCUGAGAUCAAACCAUUUCUGAUCUCAGAAAUGUCAUUUUUGUCUCCUGUGUAUGGGGAAAGUAGAAUAGUAUUGUUUCAGUACAGUCUUCCCCCCCCACCCCUGCACAUACACACACCCCACCUCUACUGUGACAUAAAAAGAAUGUGGGGUAGGUGGGUUUAAGCCAGUAGGUCUUUCCCCUCAUAUAUGCAUCAGUCUUGAUAGGUAUGGAGGAAAUGCACUGAUGAACAGGGUGAUUUAGGGGUAAUGGGGGAUAUAGGCCACACCUGUACUAUUCAACACCAAGGAAAGAUGGUGCUGAGUCCCAGGCAUGCAAGACAUGGAGUCAGGAGCAACUAAAGCAUCUUCAGGAGAGAGAGGACCUGCAGGCAAAAAACCUGCUCCUGUAGAGCUCCAUUUGCCUUUCUCUAAAAGAGGUGACUUGGAAGUGCUGAUACGCUCCAAGCCCUGCUCUUGAUGGACACUUUCCACUAAAUUCAGCAGCCCUGGGGAAACGGCCACAGAACAUAGGCUGAUUUCAUGGGAACUUGUUGGGAGGUUCUGCUACCCAUUAACUUGAACAUUCAUGAAAUUAUUUGGGGCACUUCCAGCAAACCCUAUAACUGUCAAAACCCAGUAUUUUAAGCAACAAGGGGGUUAUAUUAAAAAAUAUCUACUUUGUAUGUAGAUACAAGACCUCUGGAAACCUGCACACAUUAGUUUGAACAAAUAUGUGAAUGUAAUAACAGGAGUUGCACUUCUAAGGUACUGCCACUUUUUUUAAUACUGUCAUGCAUUGUGUGGAGGAGCCAACAGCUGGGUUUCUAGGGCAUCUCAGGAAUUGUAAUCUGCUGUACUAGUCUCCUUGAGUAUCCAAGCCACAAAUUGUUUGAUUAAAUGAGGACUACUGGCCAAAAGGCAAUAAGCCAAAAAGUGAGACUGGCAUCUUUACCUAUAAGUUCCCUUUGUGCUUUUCAGUGCGUAGAAGGAGGGAGUGUCUCUUGAGACACCAGUUUUGAGGCCUUAUAACAGAAGACUACGAUUGUGCUUUAAGGCGAGUGGGGGUGAGCAGGAGAAUAAAUUAGAGACAAGGCAAGCAUUUCAAAUAUCUAAAAUGUGGGAACCUGUCAAAGCCACUAAACUUGUAAACAUGGAUUUGCUCCAGCUGGAGUUUCGGGUUUUAAAAAGUGUAAAGAGAAGAAGCAUUUGAGCAUUACUUGCCAACAUCUGUAAUGCUGCAUAACUUCAUCCAUUUUUAAACAAGCAUUCAACUCCAGGUUCACACUUCCCUGAUUCUUAUUGCCCUGCCCUGUGGUUUGAUCUUGGGAAAUAGAUUUUUACACUUUAUUUGCUUUCAUCUUAACUGUAUUUUAAAUGCUCUAUAUUUACAAAUAUGAGUCUAAUAUGAGAUUAUGUUCCUUCUCCGUCAAACUUACGAAGGGGCCAAUGCUUUCCAACUUUUGUGGGUUAGACUGCUGCAGUUUGUUUUAUCUUGUGGUCAAAAUUUUCCUUAGAGCCUCCCAUCCUCCAUAUUUCUCCCCUCAGUGAAAUAAUUAUUUAUUGUGGUGCUGUAAAAUGAACAGCUAAGAACAGCAUGGAGAUGUACCAGUCAAGAGCAUCCCUUAGUGUAUGGAUCCAGGAGUUUCUUAAACUGUAAAUGUAAUGGUUCACACUUGUCUGUCUCUCUGCAUGCCAGUAGUCUCUGCCUUCCCUGCAUGCAUGUGGUCAUUUAUUCCAUAUGAUAACAUGUUAUGAAUGCUUAUCUUUCCAGGGCAGUGGGUAUGAUACCUGUUUUGCAGAUAUAAGAAGGAUACUCAUGGACUCUUGUGCUGAAGUUAGAUUUUUUUUUUUCUUUUCUUUCCAGUUUAGGGAUUGUAGUCCUGUACUUUGCUCUCAGGAUCAGGCUGCUAAAGAAAUUAUAUAAUUCAUUAAUAGUUUGAGGCACACCCAUACCCCUGUAUAUGCAAACUCAUUUUCAGCAGUACUUUGCUUCGGGAACCCCCCCCUCCCCCUCCGAUGUUAUCACUCUUUGAGGAUGAUGUGUUCAUGUCCAGGUUUCAGAUGAAAGAACCUUAUGCAUUUUUAUAUUCUUAUGCUUCAAAAUUAUAUAUGUCAGUCACUCUAUAUUCUUGGUAGAGGGGGGAAAAUGUCAUUCAGUUUGAGGAGAGACUUGUACAUUUGUAACCUGACUACAAUGAGGAGGAGGAUCCAUUUAUACACCAUGCUAGAUGAGCGAUGAAUUAAAGCUUGACACCUGAACACUAGUAAAAUGUUUAUUUCCAAGAUGCAGAGCAUGGCCAUUCCUCAGGGUUUAUCAUCAUUGCUGGUUAGUUUGAGCAUGUUUCCUGGAAUCCAAGGGGAUGUCUAUGCUGCAAUAGCUGAAGAUAAUGUGGGUUUCCUUGAGCCUGCAGUUAUUGUAGCAUAGAGGUAUUCCAACUCUGUUAUGCUAAAUGCUCAGACACUGUUGUAGAGCUAGGCUUUACAUUUGGAGCUCACAAAUUUGGUUUUUGUUUGUUUGGGGUUUUUUUUGUUUUUAACAAAAGUAGUAAGUGGGGCUGGUAGGGACACUUGGAGGUGGCUGCCACAGGUGUUCCUUUGGGUAAGGCAGAACCAUCUGGCCUUUGGUUUUGUAGCUUCUAGAGACCUUGUGUGUAGAGACCUGUAUGAAUCCAACACCUCCCUUAAAAAAUUAAGAAACCUGGUAAUCUGUGUCUGAACCCAACAUCAUUCUUGAUCCUUAUCUUAGCCAGAAGGCUAAUUUUUAUUUCUUGAGCUAACAGAGGAGUGAGGGGCAGGUGUUUAGGCAUCUGCAUAGAUUUUGAGGUAGCUGCUAUGUCUCUGAAUGGUAGGGACAGCUGUUUGCCAUUUUAAGAACCUUCUUAGAGGCGAGUGGCCUGCAUGCACCAGCCUUUCUAUAGGAGUCAGAGUACAUAAUACUCUAAUAGUCUAUAGUAUAGAUCCAGCUGCACUGGUUCUUCUAGUAUUAACCCAGAGUCCACAACCUCAGCCCCAGACUGAGGUGGAGGAAGGUGAUCUCUGCACUUCCACCUCCCCUGAGAAGAUCCUAAGGCCCAGUCCCCUAAAUCCGUUUGAUGACUAGGCCCCUCACAAAUGCAGGAACCAGGGAGAGGUUAAUUAAGAUGAUUUAAUUUCUCUAUGGAGAGGUGGGAGCUGUUUCCUGAUGCUUUCUUUUUCCCCUCAUCCCAAAAGAGACAACAGAAUACAGGUGUGAAAGAACAGCCUCUCUGGGCCUCGUUUUAGCCUGAACUGUAACUGGCUUUAGUGUUUUGUUAUGCAAAUCUGACCUGGUCAUUAUCUUCUACAAAUUUUGGGUAGAGAAAAUGCUAAACCAUUCCUCUAUGGAUAUCUACAGCCACAGUAAUACCCUGUUUAAGCACCACUGAGUCUGAACGGGUAUGCUGACACAAAGCUUCCUUUUUGGGAAGGGAACAGGUUUAGUUUCAGAAGUUGUGCGUUCUGUUCGGUUCUACAGGUCUCCAUCCUGAAGGUCUUAAAGAUGGAUCAAAUCCUCAUUUUGAGCUGUGCCAUCUCACUCUGACCGUUCUUGGGCCCCAGUGCUUAAACCUAUCGUUUGUUAGUAAAGCCUCCCACUGUAAAUGAGUUGUGUUUUACCCUACUAUCAUUGGAGUCCACCUGCCAUGGCAGAGCGCGGUUCUGCUCCUUUCUCAAAUUCUGCCUUUGGGACUGUACUGUGAAUCUGAUGCAGUUUCUAAAAUAACUUUGUAAUAUAACUUCAGGAGUUGGGAGGAGCAAGCUUCCUUCUUCUGUGUAUCAGCUUGUUUAGAGAACUGCUCAAUAUUUGUAUGUUUGCUGAUGCCCGUUUUUGGAUACUCUGUUCCCUAAAGAAUCACUACAGCAGUGUUGCCGUUUGAUACAUGUAAAUAAAAAUUUUUUUUUCUCCUGCUUA